UACUCGCGUCUCCGAAGCCGGCCAGCUCAUCCGUCCUCGUCUAUCCUCUUGGCCUCCCAUCCUUCUCUGCGUCUGCCUGUUUGUCUGUUGGCUGCCAUGUUGGGUCAGAGGCUCCUGCAGACUUCAGUGCUGCUGUGGCUGGCACACUGCACUUUACAAGGAGGCGUCAGGCCUCAGACUGGAACCCUGGGGAGAUUGGUACCAAGUCGAGGUGCUGGUCUUGGCGGUGCUGGUCUCGGUGCAAAGCCUGGAGGCGCUGGUGUUCUCGGAGGCCGUGGCUAUGGAGGGAAACCUGGAAAGGCAGGCACUGGUCGUUACCUUGGAGCGGGAGGAUACAGGCCCUUAUCAGGUAGAGGAGGUGCGAAACAAGGCUACGGAGGAGCCCUAGGAGGUUUCGGUGCUAGUCUUGGAGCAGGACUUGGACUUGGACUUGGAAACGGGCUGGGAGUGGCCCUGGGGUCUCAGGCAGGAAAGCUAGGAGGACGAGGAUACCCUAAUGGCUAUGGACUCCAGCCAGGUUACGGUGCCGGUGGAUACCCUGGUGCUGGACGCGGUAAUGGGCUUGGAGGAGGACUUCCACUUGCACAGGGAGAAAAAGGCAAUGGAUAUGCUCCAACUCCAGGAGUGCCAAAUGGACAAGGUGUUCCAAGCAAUGGUUACGUCCCAGCACCGGUGGUACCCAAUGGACAGGGAGGGUAUGGCUCUGGAGCAGGGAUAAUUAAUGGAAAUGGAAAAGGAGCUAAAGCUAACGGCUACAGCCCAGGGGCAGGAGUGUCUAAUGGAGCUGGAGUUAUAAGCAACGGUUAUGGACCAGGGCCUAUAGGAGUCAAUGGACAAGGAGGAGCAGCCAUCCUCCGCAGAAAGGCUGCCAAAAUGUCCAAGACUGGGUACGGCCUCGGCACAGGCAGCUAUCCAGGAGCAGGUCUAGCUAACGGCUAUGAAGCGGCUCUUGGCUGGGGUGGAUUACCAGUUGGUAGAGUGGGCAAACAGACUGGCUAUGGCAAUGUGUAUGGCAUUAAUGGAUAUGAUGGUGGCUUUGGAGCUGAGCUUGGCUAUCCAGCAGCGUUAGCUGAUGGCGCUGGGCUUGGAGGCAAGGCUGGUCUGGGAGCUGGAGGCUUUGGAGCUCCAGCACUAGGAAUAAGCACUGACCCCAAGUCUGCGAAGUACGGAGGCGCCAAUCCAGGUUCUGUGCUUGGUGCUACUGGUGGCCAGCCUGUUGUGUCUGCUGGACUUGGCCUUCCAAGCAAAACAGGUGGCUAUGGAGGGGCUCCUUACGUGGGGCAGACAGCAGGCCUGGGACCUGAUGCUAGUCUGGGUGGUACCGGUGGAGUCCUGGAACCUGUGACUGGUGGAGGUAUGGGUCAGAUUCCAUACAAUGGAGCACCAGUGAUUCCUGCAGGACUGGAAGGUGAAAAUGGCUAUGGCUAUGGUCCUCAGCAGCUCAAUCUGGGAACUGAUGGAGGCAAGUUAGCAUAUGAAAAUGGAGGAGCAUAUGGAGCACAGCCAGCAGGUUAUGGGGCAGCUCUUGCGGCCGGAGGUCAGGGUCCCUACGGAGGGGCGAAGGACGGCAGCAAGUACGGCCUGGGCGGUUUCUACGGGAACGGAAUUAAAGGCUGAUGUCUGAUGUGACUUGGCGUCAAUUUGGCUUCACCCCCCCUUCUGUACACCCCCCCCCCACACACGUCCUUCAUCAGCGUGCAGUUCGUGUCUUUGUCAUCGGUCUGUUGUUGUCCUUGUCUUGUGUCUUUGUUUGUUCAUGUGUGUGUAGUGUAGUGAUGAUGGUCAUGUUCCUGAUUUGUCUCCUCCCCCCCUCCUCUCCUCCUCUCUGCUGUUGUUGUUUUUUUAUUGUUUGGUUUGUUGUUGGUCUCUGUAUCCGACUAAAACCUUUUGCGCACUACUUUCGGUUGUUAUUUUAAUUCUUAUUAAGACUAAACUUGUGCCCUUA